GACAAUUGGACGCAUUGAGGAAAACACUCAUGAGAGUGAUUAAAAGAUACCCUGUGAAUGGUAAGCAGGCUAUGACUGAUACAACCUAUGACUAACAACAUGAUUAGAAGAAAAUUCUUUAUAUAUAUACUCUUUGCAAUGUCUAGCGCUCAAAACUUAUUUGGUGCAUAAACCAAGACACCUAAAGCUGGUGUUGGAGCAACUCGUACGAUACAGCUAUGUCUAUGAACAGACUGCUACCUCAAGUAAGACAACAUUAAGAAUGUUUGAACAAGGUUGACUUAUAACAACUAAAGCAUCGCUCUCAUACUCGUAUAUCCAAAAGCAAUGUGAACUCUUUUUACAGCGCUAUGAGCCAUAUGUAGAUGAUAUUCCAGGACUGAGUGCAUAUUUCGCACUAUGCAACUUUUAUGCUUAUGUUUCUCGAAAAUCAAAAAGCUUUAAAGGAGGUUUAUACGCAUACAAGCAAAUGAUCCAACCUCUAGAUGAAGUGAUCUUUGACAAGGAUAAACAGAAUUAUUAUUGUGCAGCCUAUGCAACAAUGUCAAAGUUAUCAGUAGCAUCGUUACAAAUGGAUAAAAUGGUCGAUGAUGAUACAUUUGUUGAUAUAAUCAAAACUCUUGAAGAAGCAGAAACAUACUUAAAAAUAUCAUUAUCCACAUCUAAUGCAGUUCAAUCACAAGAUCAGUAUGCAGCACAGGCUCUUGUUGAUUUAUGUAAAAGCAUAGACAGCUUUAGACAAAAUGCUAGAAAAGUCUAUGAAUUUGCUCUGGAAAAGGCUCUACAGGAAUUAAAGACAGCUGCUGAGGAUCCUUUCAGGACACCACCAAGAGCUGGAGAGUUUGCCACACCAAAUAAUUUUGGAAAAUGGAAUACGAUUAUACCCCAGUUGAAAAAAGUACUUCAGCUCUGUAUAGAAUGUACCUCAGAUGGUAUUCGCAUGAUAAAAUCAAAGUUUGAUACACUCAGACAAAAGUUCCAAAUGGAUAAAAUUAUUACUGCCUUUGUAGAAAGCAUUGUCUUGUUGGCACGUAUGCAGUUUAAAGUUGAAGAGACACAGACACACUAUCAAGCAUUUGAACUUCUUAGAAAAGCCGAAGAUCAAUGCAUAAAUAUGAAAUUUAGUAGUGGAUAUAAAUUGAUAUCUGGAUCCUAUUACAGCAUGGGUGUUUCUAUGAUCAAGGCCGACAUGUACUUCAAUGCCAUUCUUCCUAUAAGAAAGUCGUGUGUUUUGUUAGAAAAAUGCGUUAAAAGUGAUAUAAAUGAUCAAAACAAGCUAGAACUCUGCAAAAGAUAUGAAAUUCUAGGAACUUGCUGCGUCAAGGAUAGAAAUUAUAAGGAUGCUAUUGUGGCCUAUAAGCUUGGAUUGAGACAGGUACCUACUUCAGAGAUAAGGGCCUUUGUUAAACAAGGGGAGACAACUGCAGUUUCUGCUAUCAUGGGGAAUGACUGCAUAAUGCGUAAAUUGAUGGAUAGAUUUUUGCGUAUCUCUGUUAUUGAUCCCGAGCAAGACUCGAUCACUUUUGCAAGUGAACAUUUAAAUCUAUCGGAUUUCAAUCCUGCUCAGCAAUGCAUUGUUUAUGAGUGCGAAUUAAAGAUUUGGAAUGUUAUAGCACUAAAGAUAAAGCUUAGUCGAUUUCAACUGUUUAUUAUCGAAAAGCUUCUUGAAGUUUACAAGCCUGAUGAAUAUCCUAUUCGCAGAGCAAGGAUACUGUUGGAGCAAGCCAGGAUUGAAAGAACUCCUGAUAAUAUCUCUGUCGAAUCUUUAAGAAAGUCUCUCAAGUGUGCCUCGGAAGCAUAUGAAUUACUUAAAAAAACGGUAAUCAUCAUCUUCAAAUAAGCAAUCAAUGCUUAUCUUUUCAUUAUUCCUGUAGGAAUACGCCAACGAUAGCCAUCUCUUAUACUAUCGUCGAUAUUACCUUGCUUUGGCAAUCUCAUGGAUAGCUUUAUGCAGUCAUGAGUUAAAGCAACCUACAUCUGUUU